AUUUUCUGUUGAAGCUAAUCUCCAAUCUUAAGUUUAUUUAAAAAAAAUGUCUGAAGUUCUUGAUGUUGAUAUUGAUGAGAAAGAUGAGUUUAUGGAGCAAGAUGAUGAUGGAGAUCUUUCAAAGCUAAAGUCUUCUGUUCGUAAAAGAAAAGGAAGAGGAUUCAAAGAAAGUUUAGAUGCACGAACCAAUGAGCCAUUUGAGUCUAUUGAUGAAGAUGCACCCCACAUUGAAGGACCACAAAAAUCUGUGGAAGGUUGGAUCUUGUUUGUAACAAAUGUCCAUGAAGAAGCACAAGAGGAUGAUGUGCACAACAUGUUUCGUGAAUAUGGUGCUAUUCGAAACAUGCAUUUAAAUUUAGAUAGAAGAACAGGAUUCUUGAAAGGAUAUGCAUUGGUUGAGUAUGAAUCUUUUAAAGAAGCUCAAAGUGCGUUAGAAGCUUUAAAUGGAGAAGAUUUGCUUGGACAAAAAAUCAAUGUUGAUUGGGCUUUUGUAAAAGGCGGAGCCACUAAAGGAAACAAAAAAAGGGGUAGCAGACGUUAGCAAUAAACAAGACGUUUCAUCAAGAGCAGUACGAGAUGUUAAGAAGUUUUUUGCAUCUUAGGCAUGUUGUUGGAUACUCUUUUUAAAAUUGCACGUCUAUUCAACGAUAUUAUAAUGUCGAUAAAUGUUUUAAAUAAGUUUCCAAUUAUUAAUUGUAUUUGAGAAGAAUCGAAUAUUAUAUAUGACGCCCAUUUUUUAAACAUGUAUCAUGGAAAAUUUAAAUGAAAGUAAAAUAAUGUCAACUGAAUGUAA